AUGAUCUACGACUCGAGACUUUUCGCAAGGGUGGAUCACUUGGAGGAGUCAGGUGCAGCGCUUUGCUUGGGCCCCGCGCUGCUACCACAGCUCGCAAGUGCGGAACACUGGCCAUACUGGAAGAAGCUCAUGAGAUGCUUGCUGAGAGCAAAUGGCCUCACCAGAGUCGUUCUGGCUGCUCCUUGCGCGCCUGAAUCAACCAACCACUUGAAUGGCGGAAAAGACGUGGGUCAACUCGACCAGAUUGAGGACACGCUGGAUGCUAAAGCGUUGCUUCUCAUCCUCACUUCGGUUGAUCCGGAUGUCGCCAUUACCUUGCCAAAUUCGGCUCGCUCCGCGUGGAAUAUGCUCGUCAAGCGCUUCGAGUCUGCGGCUGUAGCCCGUAUCCGGAAUGAGCUGGAUGGAUAUCAAUGGAAGCACAACGACACACCGAACGCUUUUCUCGAUAGACUUGAACGUCUUCGUGCCGAAGCUGAUGAAGUAGGCAUUCGUCAUGGUGCCUCCUUCUACGAGGACAAGAUCGAGAGCGCUCGUCUGCCGAGCUUGCUGAAACACAAAGUGGCAGAGAUUCAAAUAGCUCGAAUGGGCCUGCCAGGUCGCAACUUCACGGACGAAGAGUCGCUGCAAAUUCUGCUGGACUCCUUUCGAUACGUCGCUGCGAACGAAUACCCCCGAAUGCAACGCGAAGAUCAGAAACGCAACCAAGGAUCACAUCGCGGAGGACAUCGCGGAGGACAUCGAGGAGGACAAAGGCGCGCAAUUGGACUUUGA